AUGUAUCAGUCAAACUCAAAUCAGUUCUACGAAAAUAGUUCCAGUGGCAACCAGUGGUUCCAGCCAAAUGAAACGAUUUUGAGGAGUAAUCAACCAUACGCAGUCACAUCACAUAACUGCCCCGGUCCUAGUGGAAUCACUGCCGAAACAACAAAUGAACAAGUGCAUUUUAAUAAUUCAAAUAAUGGUGGCAUUUAUAAUACAAGUACAAUAACUGGACAAGAUGCUAGGUUCCAGCAUUUCUAUAGCAGUCCAAACAACGGAAAUUUACUUCAGCAAGCCAACAGUAACAAUUACUACAACAACAACGUUGUGUGGUCUAGUGCAGCAAUUGCAGGAACAAAUUCGAAUAACACCAAACCCAAAAACGGGGUUUUUAAAAAAAAAAAGCGCGUACGAACAGCAUUUACAAGUUGUCAGAUGAUGGAAUUGGAAAACGAAUUCAGUCAAAACCGAUUCAUAGAGCGCGGUAGAAGAUUAGAAUUAGCACAAAAACACAACUUGAACGAACGUACAAUUAAGAUUUGGUUCCAAAACCGUAGAAUGAAAGAUAAAAAAAUUGAUUUGGAGUUUAGUGAAGAUGAAGCGACAACUACCAGUGGAGUGGUUUCCAAUCUACAGCCAAUGUUUGACAAUCAACAGGCAUUUAUGUAUUCAUCACAUUCCAAAAAUAGUCAGUAUAAUCAGAAUUUAUGUCCUGAGCAAUUGGCAGGAGUAGCUGGUAUGUUGGCACAACCAGGUUUUUCAACUUUAAUGGCAAGUAUUGAAAAUGAACCAAUAAAUUCCUAUUCUACAACAACAUCGGAUAACAGUGUACAACCACCAAAAUUUGAUACGAAUUACCGUGAAAUAAAUGUGCCAUUGCAAAAACAUUAUAUCAAUGAGACAAAUGAACACACGCGCAACGAAGGGACGAUUGGAAAUUUGUCGCAUCAGGAACAUACUAGCACUGACCACGUUUCUACAAAUGGAAAUAAUUACGACAAUUGGGACAUAUCGUGGAUCCGAAAUAUGCUGCUUGAUGAUGAAAUUUAA